CAACUGAACAGUUGUCUAGCUGAAACCAUUUAAUGCAGAUGCCAUUUUAAAUUUGAGUUCGUACAAAAUCUUAAACAUAUUGCUACUCAGUAUGUCUUCCACUCAGGAGUUGGAAGACCCAAAAUUUGUGAAACUGGAGACAAGCGAUGGCGUGGUUCAUACAGUGGACAUUCGAUUGAUUGAACAGAUGGGCGUUCUUGCCGAAAUGCCGAUCAUGGGAAAACCUGACGAGGUCAUUCCUCUUCCGAGGGUCGAUGCCAGGACCCUUGACUUCAUAAUCGCUUGGUGCACAGUGUUGUUAGAUUAUGAAGGUAACAUAAAAGUGGAGGGAAAGGAUAUGCUUAAAGAACUCUUUCUCUUGGAGGAGAAUGCCGACUGUCAGUUCCUGUUGCAAAUCCUAUUGGCCUCAAAUUAUCUGAACUUGGACAGCUUGUUGCACGCUGGAGCCGAGCUUAUGGCUGCUGCAAUCAACUCUUGCAGCAGCACCGAGGAGAUUAACAGUCUUUUUACCACAAGAAGUAGUUGAAGAUGAGAGUUGUUUUCAAGCAAUCACCCCAAGCUACUCAGAGGAUUGUCAGCUGUAAAAAUUAAAAAUUAUUAUAGUCGCUUUAUCACAGAAAUCAGAUAAAAUUACUGUCGAUUGCAAGAAAUUAUGUGUAAAAUCAAAUAUUUUUAUCAAUUGUAAAAUUGUAUGACAAUAGAUUUUUAUAAAUUAUUAAAUAUGUAUUGACUGCUUA